AUGUUCUCAUUCAAGCAAAGGUUCAUAGUGGAAAUUGUAACACCCAUUUCCCGCGCCAAAGUUCACAUUCCCUUGCCUGGGUCUUCAAUCAUUUUCUCCUGUAGUUCUGUCGAGCAAACAUAUUUAAAAAUCUGUUCGGAUUUCGAAAAAAUUGCUUUAAUAACACACUCGCGCCUUCUCUCUCUCUCUCUCUCUCUCUCUCUCUGUGUGUGUGUUUUUCUCUCUCAAAUACACACACACUUUCUCUCUCUUUCACUCUCUCUCUCUUACCCUCUAUUUAUGCUUCUUACAGUUUCUUUUUCUCAUUCUGUUUCCCUUUUUCUACCCAUCUCAUUAGAUUUUUUUUAUCUUUGUUUUUCAUUCUUUCUUUCUUUCUUCUCUUUCUCAACAGUCUUCUUUAUUUUCUCUGCCUUCUUCUUUUUCUUUCUCUAUUUCUCUUUUCCUAUUUUUAACAGUCUCUCUCUCUCUCUCUCUCUCUCUCUCUCUCUUAAUUUGAUUCUUUCUCGCAUAAUUUCUCUUUCUAUCUUUGCUUCUCGUUCUUUUCUCUCUUUCAUUAUUUCUUUAUUUAUUUAUUUAUAUAUCUCUGUUUUCUAUCACUCUUUUUCUAUAUGUCUCUUCCUUUAUUUCUUCCUCCAUCUCUCUCUCUAUAUAUAUACAUCUUUCUCUCUCUCUCUCCAUCUCUCACUCUUUCUCUCUCGAUCUUGCUUUUUCAAUCAUUUUACGUCUUACACUUUCACUCCUACUGCAUUUCUUUCUCAAUAUUUCUAA